AUGGCCGGCGGCGGCCCGGCUUCGGAGGCUGGGCGGUACCGCGUCGCGCUCUGCGACGGCGGCUCGCGCCUGCAUCCGGGGAUGCUCGCCGCGUCCCUCAACCACCUCGUCGCCCGCGGCGCGCUCCGCCGCGGCACCGUCAUCCGCGUCCUCGAGUACUUCGCCGGCUUCAGCCGCACGCAAAGGGUCAUUAUUGUUAUCCAACUUGAGAUACUGCACGCUGAGUGCAUGCUAAUCCGCAGUCCCACAAUCUUUGAGGCCAAUGCAAGUCAACAUAUUGGUGUAUCCUGUUCUGGUGGUCUUGCCAUCCAUGAACCUUGCUUCAUGCCAUCACAGAGCACAGUAGAAGGCAAGAUGCAGCAGCUUUCAUUGAAUGAUCAUCAAAACCAAAGGUUUAUGAAGACUGCCACAGGGCUCUCAGGCACGAUGGCGGCGUGGCUGACGCCCGGCGCGGUGGUGGCGGUCUCCGAGCACAGCGACGGCAAUGGGACGCUGCAGCCGGUGCUGCAGGUGGUGGACGUGCGGAUGGUCAAAAACGUCGAGAACCCCUCCGCCGAGUGCUUCCGGAUGGUGCUCUCCGAUGGCGUCUACACGAUGCAGUCCAUGCUCGCCACCGCCGAGAACAUGCGUGUCCGGGAUGGCUCCAUCCAGAAGGGCUCAAUUAUCCACCUCCAGGAGUUCACCUGCAGCACCAUCCAGAACCGCAGGAUCAUUAUUGUUAUCAAACUUUAUGUUCUCCAGAGUGAGUGCAACAUAAUGGGAAACCCCAAACCUUAUGAGAUGAGAAACCAACCUAAUGAGCAGGUCACCAACUUUCCGGCCAAUGCUGCUCAAGCUAAUACCGGAACAUAUUACAGUGGCCCUGGUAUGCUGGGUUCUUCUGCUGCUCCAAGGCCAGUGCAAGAUGUUAAUAAUGUACCAUACGGUGGAUCCUAUGGUGGUUAUCAGGGUAUGAUGGGCCUUCCAAUUGGUCGUGCAGUAGAAUCUGUUCCCAAUGUGGCAUCUGGUCUCUCUUAUGGUACAACUUCAGCACAUAAUAAUACAACGAAUGUGGGUAUUGUGCAGUCAAACUUGCAGCAGCCUUCACUGAACUCUCACCAGAACCCAAGGUUUGCAGUUCCUUCCAUGGCUGGUGGCAGCGGUGCUCCUGGGAAUACAUACGGCCAACCUACACAGUCCUUUUAUCAGCAAUCGCCUCCAGGGCAUAUGAAUAGAACUCCUGUGUCUAAGAAUGAUGCAAAUCAUCUUGUCCCAGUGGCUCAAUUGAACCCCUACCAAAAAAGAUGGGCAAUCAAGGCUAGGGUGACUUCAAAGACUGAUCUCAGGCACUACAACAACGCAAAAGGUGCUGGAAAAGUUUUCUUCUUUGAUCUCCUUGAUGGACAGGGUGGAGAAAUCCGUGCAAGAUGCUUCAAUGCGCAGGCUGAUCAGUUUUUUGACCUCAUGGAGGUUGAUAAGGUGUACCUGAUAUCUAGAGGGUCGUUGAGACCAGCACUGAAGAUGUUUAACUCUUUGAAUCACGAGUAUGAAAUAACUCUGGAUUUGAAAACAUCUAUCAAAGUUUGCGUUGAUGAUGAUAGCAGCUUCCCUAGGCAGUAG